UGAAGGGAGGGUGUCGUUAGAUGUAAUAUAUUUGAUGCAAACGCGAUUUAUAAUGCCAGUUAAAUUUUGCGAGAACAAAAAUAAAAAGUAGUGAAAAAAAAGAUUGUGCGUGUAGCUUCUCUUGACUUUAUAAGUAUCGUUGAAUUUUUUAUAACUUCAACACUUAAUCAGAAAGUUAAAAAAUUGUUAAUUGUGAUUAUUGAGUCAAGUGCUUUUUUUUGUUGCAAACACAUCAUUGAGAUGUCAUAAGGUAAAUAAAAAAUAGUGAGUGCAUAAUGAUUUUCAUAUUCAUCAUCAAAAAAUGUGUGUACUUGAGUAUUAUUUAAUAAAAAAAAAAUGACAUGUUAUUGAAAGCGUCAAUUGCGAGUAAAUAAUGCUGAUUAUUAUAGCGGAUCCUUUAUGCUGUCAACGAUGUUGGCGUCGUCGCAAAAAUCAAGUAAACUGCAUGUUUAUUAGUGCAAUAUAGCAAUGACAACAAUCAGCCAACGUGUCGUGAGUGAAGAAAAGAAUUUUACACAUUCUUUUCUAAGAAGGGAAAUAAAAAGUGAAAUCUAAAGUGAGAUAUUACAUGCAAUUGCGUGUGACCUCACCGUUUUCACACGCGGAUUCGUAGGAAGGUGCUGGGUUCGAGAAUCAUAACGGUCAACAGACGGAUUAAAACCUCCCCUGACGCCAAGAAAAUAGUAUUAUGAACGAUCUAAGUAUGACAGUAGCAAGUUCAUCAACAUCAAGCCCACCAGUUAGCCCAAAUGCCAACGACAUGGACUGGUUUGCUGGAGUUGCUGAAGAAGAAUUAUUAUAUUAUUCCAAUAACGAUGUUGAUUCAUUGUGGGCAGUGAUAGGAAGUUUUGUACCACCACCUCCAAGACCUCCAUUUCUUCCUGAGGAAAGAAUAGCCACAGAUGGACUGACGACCUGCGAUUUGUGUACCUGGGCACUUCGAAAUGACAGACAUUCAUCUUUUUCACUCGAUGGUACUCUAGAAGCUCCUGGAGAGUUUGGAUGGGUCCUUACCUUAAUUAUUGUGUCUCUUUUAUCAGCUGCUAUUGGAGCUGUCAUUAUGGUUACACUUCUUCACUGUAGGAGAAUUAAAACUGCUGGCGGGAGAGCGAGUUGUUGUGGAGUUGGUGUUGAAGAUCCAAAUCCACAAGAACCAGUUGGAUCUGGAGUUGUUGGAGUUGCUGGAGGAGUUUCUGUAAUUCCCGAACGACCGCCGUUAGAGCUUGAUAAAUUACCACCGUAUCAUGAUUGUACACCAGCUCCUGGUCACAACGUUUGGUCUUGGCUUGGAUCAAGAAGAGGUGGUGGUACUGCGGGGGUAGUUGCAACCCCCUUAAGUCUUCCACCGCAUCGCUGUGCCAUGAAUCUUCCUGUAGAAAAUCAUUACACCCACAUGCAAACAGACGAAGCGUUGUAUGCAGAACUGGAUUCUCAAACUGCAAGUUAUGCUAGUGAUCUUCAGUUACAAUUGAGAGGCAGUUCAACUUAUGGUGGGCGAGCGACUACUCCCGGUGAUGAAGAAGAAGAAGAGGAUGAAUAUCACGAACUUGAUGCAGCCAGAUUACAUCGGAGGUAUAGUGAAGAUAGUCAGAGUGGGGCGAUAAAAGAGAGGAGAAAUAAUCAAAGGCUGCAAGAACCUGACUACGAAAUGUAUGAGAAUGGGCCCACGACACCAUUAUCAUUGAGCCGUCACCAAAACCAUCAAAAUCAUCAUCAUCAUCACCAUCAUCUUCAAGGAUUAAGAAAUAGCUCGGCAAGUGAUGUAAACCCGUCUUACCAGAAUACAGGUUACACGGGAAGUGAUGUAGAACUUGAUGGCCAGUUUCUUAGUAGUGCACCUAGUAGUGCGUAUUACAGUGACUUGAGUUCAAACUCGGCAAAUCAACAACAUUCUUCAGGAGUAACGUUACCUCCUAACACACACAGUACAAUAUCAUCAUGUCACCAGGUGAAUCAAGAACCACCACAAUACCGGUUGGCAGCUAUAAAUGAAACGACAACUCCGUCCGAUUACAUUUGAUUACAUUCUCAACAGUGAGAAUUUCACAAGGCUAGUUGAAUGAUUCUGGUGACAUUAAUGACUACCAGUGGAAGCUAUUCACGCCAGAUAGAGAUCUGAAGAUGAAAGAGAAAAGCAGGCUGUGGGAGACGCUUGUUAGACAAGUACUGUCUCAAACCAGUCCUCAAAUCGUCAAGAGUACGACUUGAAGACUAGUCUAAAUGAUCAUUUCUUAUGGUUAUACUUAUUUAGAGAACGAAAUAAAAUAGUGGGAAAAAUUUCAGCCACGACACCUUCUGUACUUGUUAAUGUCGACUUAAAUUUUCAAAAGGCUAUUUCGAAUGUUACGCAUCAACGAACACUCAUUCGAACCUAAUAGACACAUAAUAUCGCCACCUUUGGUAAUAAUAUACUCGAAGGAACGACAGUGUAACAGUGCCCGGACGCUCCAGCCUUCUUGAGUCAAGUGGAACACAAUCGACGUGCCGCUAUACUUUUGUAAUCUACCAUCUAAUCGUUCGAAAAUCUCAUCGACUCUUUCCAUUCACCCACAUCCAUACAUCUGACCUUUUUUAAUUCAACGAUCGCCACUUUUCAGGGUCGAUAUCAAGUUUUAUAUUUGCUUCAACCGGUCGACCAGAGAAUUAAGAGUAAUUUUAAGCAACUCUUUUUUUUCAACUUUUUUGUUUCUUUUCUUUCUUUAUCUCUUUACAAAGAGAAAGAGCGCCAAGAGCUAAAGGGCCUAACCGAAUUUCAAAGUACGAAUGCACAGUAGAUGAAGUUAUUUCGUGGAACAGGUGUUUCGUAAUUCAACGUUUGUGCCCGUGAGGAACAUGUCUUCUCUUAUUCCUUUCUCUCUUCUGUUUUUUCAUUCGUGUAUAGUAUAGUCUUUAUUCAAUGCUUGUACGAAUCUUAAAAAUCUUUUCGUGGUGCACGCAACAAAAGUAAUAAUACCAAUAUAAAAUGCCGAUUAUUUCAAUUUUUCGUUUUAAUUUGAAAAUAAAAAAAACUAACAGAAAAAAACGCCACGAAAAUAUGGCAAUUUAUAUUUAUAUUCUUAUUUGAUCUUUAUCAGUUUAAGUUUAAAAAAUGGUUCAAUUUAAAAGUUUUGUAGCGUACUUAAAUGCUUAAUGGUACUGAGAUGAGUUCAAAAAAGAAUAUACUGGUAAAAAAAGUAGUUGGUUCCGGUAACUCCCUCCGGACAUCAUUAAUGAUCUUAAGUAUCCAUGCUAGUAAGUCUUAGAUGCACCACAUAGUUAGUUGAACAACAGUUGACUAUGAGUAUAAACGCACACACAUUGAAUGAACGACUAUACUUACACGCAAUUUAAUUUAUUAGCGGUUGAAGAAGUCUCGGUACGACAUACUCCGGGUGUACACUGUUACUCUGAUGGGUGUUUGUGUUGAGCUUGCGAGUGUGCGAAUGCCGAUAUGGUGAACAGCAAGGGAACGUACGGGAUUGCCAAGCGCAACAGAUGCAACAAUGCUUGGUACCUUGCAGCCACGCAGUAAUUAAUUGUGCCCUCGCGGUCACAAUGCGGAGAAAGAGAUGAAGGAAAGAGGAAGGAGGUAAAGGUGGAGAAGAGAGGGCGGUGGCUUUCUGAGCUACAUUAUUUUGCCGAAAAAAAUCCCACGAGUUUCUCUACCCUCUACCUAUAUCUCUUUUACUUGUCUUGUUGAUUUUUUAUUUUCUUUUACUUUCGACGCGUACUAUAAGCACAGAGCUUAUCGACCACAGAGGUAUUCCGUGACACAGCAGCUUAUCGGAUUUUCAGAUGUCUAAUUAGAGAUAUCGGAUAUGUGAGAAUCAGCAACACUUCUUAGGCUGUUCCCAGAGAUAAGUAUUUUCGUAGUUAAUGAUUGCAAAAAAUGCAAAUAAUAAACUUUUAGUGUAUUUUAAUAGUCUGAAGAUGUGUAUAAAAUUCUGUGGAUAUAAAUUUAAUUAAUAAGUUAAUUUAAUAGGUGUAAAUUGUGAAAGAAAAGUCAAAUAUCUUGAAUAUCAAAGUAUAAUAAUUAAAAAAACGGAUAAUCUAAAUGUCCUGUAUGUACUACAAUGUGUAUAUUUUUGUUCAGUCUAAAUUAAUAUAAUUUAUAUUAUGUGAGUUGUUGAGUAAAUGUUGUAAAGUAAAGUACAUAUGAUGAAUGUGGUGUCUAUAUAUAAUUAUAAUUUAAAAUGAUUCAUAUCGUUGUUAAUAAAACAAGUUGCAAAAAUAUUUAACUUAAAGAUUUGCGAAAAUUGGAAGAGCCACAAAUUGAGAUUCUCCAAAGAUUUUCAAGAGGAAAGGCAUAAUGGACUCACCAUAAAGAAGGUGGUACGAUCUCCCUAGUGUUUUGCUACAUUCAGCCUCACAUAUCCCGCCCUUAGCCUCUUUGCGUUUUGUGCCAGGGUAUAUAAAUUAUACAUGUAAAUAUACGGGCGGCCAAAGCGAGAGAUCGAACUGUAAGAUAUCAAGAUAUGUGGUGGCGACCCCCGUAUACCUUUAUUCCUUUUCUUCAUUGUUCUUUUUUACAUUUUGUUUUUUCUUUCGUUAAACUCACGCAUCAGUGUUGUAACAAUUUUUAAAGCUAUUAAAAUAUAUUAACCCUCCAAGCGGCUCUAUAGUCUUUCAUAAUAUUUUACAGUGCGUUUGAUUUUUAUCAGCUUACAAUGUCCAGUAAAUCUUUUAUUCCAAAAAAUCUAAUCAUGUACAAAGUAGGGAUGUGAAAAACUUGUACAUAUUUUAUGUAUUAUUUUCUAAAGUAAAAUAAUUUGUGUGUAUAUGUGUUAAAAAUAACUGUACUUGUAUGUAUGCACGGAUGAAUGAAAGGAAGAAUAGAAUAGUUUUAUCAAAGAAAGUAGUCAUUAAAUUAGUGGCUGUAUAGAACUUUUUAUGUACACAAAUAUCAGAGCUUUUUUUGGCAAAAGUCAAUAUUUUUAUUACAAAAAGUGCAAGCCUCAAAAUAAUUUUAUGAUUUUUAAACGUACUGUUGUCUAUUUAAAUCGAACAAAAAUUUAUAAUAAACAAUAUAAUUUAUAUUUAAUAUCAACAAUAUAACUGCAAUUACGUAAACUUUUAAAAUAAAAUGAACUGAUAGCAGUGUAUAAUGCCAUAAAAAAAUAAAUACACAGUAAGCUAUAAGAAGCAAAGAUUCACUAAAAGUAGAGUAUGUUUAUGAUCCAUAAAUGUGAAGACAUUACAUAGAUAUUUUUAUGUUUUAUGUAAUUACUUUCGAUAUUUAAACACAUUUUUUGUUUUAUGUAAAUGAGUUUGAAAAAAAAGAAAAAAGUAUCUGUACAUACAAUAAAAUAUAAUU